AUGGCCACCUUUGUUAAUACCAUUGGAAAUAAAAGUAAACUUGUACAGUCUGAGUUUGACGAGACGCGUAGAAGAAAAGCUCAAGAAAUUCUUGAUAAUUGGAAAGAAUGGUGUACACAAGUGAAUAAGGAUAAAUUGAAAUCCUCCGGUGUACUGCAGAACAAAGUAACUAUUAAUAACAUUGUACAAGGACAAUCAGAAACAUCAGAAACUAAAGUUGCAAAGAAAAAUAAUAAAGCUGAUGAACUUUUCCAAUAUAUGAGAAAACGCAAUAUAUAUGUGCUAUGUGGACCAUUUAGAAAAUUGUCGGAACUGGAUGCGGAGGACCGGUUUGAGAAAAUUGUUUAUGAUACUACCGUUGAAAUUGAUAUUCCCAAAGAUAUCAAAGAAUAUCUUCACGAUUUGCUCAGUGGAGAUAUUGAAAGUGCGUUGUCAAAAGUAAAAGAGCCACUCAGUAAGGACGCGCGACCAUUACUGUUAUGGACAAAUGAAGUUUGCCGGCACUUUAUUUUUUACUUCUAUUAUGGCGGUUUACAGAUAGACAGUGACGAAAAAACUUGGUCCAACCAAACAGUCUAUCGCGUUUUUGAUUUAUUUUCGAUGUUUUUUGGAAAAUUGACGUCAGGAAUUGCCUUCGGAGAAAUUGUAAAUAAAGCUCAGAAAAACCAGUCAAAUUCAAAGAGAGGUGACAAGAACGAUGCCGUCUUGUAUCAGGAUAAUAAUGCUACAGUUAUAUACGAACAGUCUUUUGGGCCUACAAAAUUUUAUUCAAAGCAUUAUAUGGAAAAUAUAAUGAAAUUAGCGCGUAACGGAGUAGAUGAUCUAAACUAUUACUUCUUGCAGUAUGGAAAAUCCUCCGUAACAACGGCGAAAAAACUCAAAUCUAUCGGCAUUCAUGGAUAUAAAUACUCUCUGUCAAUCUACCUCACAGAUCUUCUUUGUAGGAAACUGUAUAGAAUAUAUGAAAUAUUUAAUUGUAAAAUUCCGACAUCAUAUACGGAUCGAUGGUUUCUAGCUGAUAUUGUGCGGAUAGGCGUCUAUUUUGAGGCAUUGCUUGCAGAACGACAAUCUGUGAAAGGAAAAAUGGGUGGAGAAAACAUGACCAAUGAAGAUG